AUCAAAAUGCGCAACGCUCUUAUAUAAGACGGUUUAGGCAGCUGGGGAUCAUCAGCUCAGCCAGCCUUCUUGACCUGUUGUCUUCUAAGGUCGUCUCAAGUGAAGUUGGCAAACCAUGCCUGCCGUCUCGGCCGCCGCCUGCUGCGCCGCCGCGGCGCCGGCUACCGAGGUCGCCGAGGACCUCUUCGGCUUCCUGCGCGUGCUCAGCGACGGCACCGUGCUCCGGUCGCCGGCAGGCCCGGUGUUCUGCCCGACCACCUUCCCCGGCAGCCACCCGUCGGUGCAGUGGAAGGAGGCCGUCUACGACAAGGCCAAGAACCUCCGCGUGCGCAUGUACAAGCCGACGACCACCGCGUCCGCCGCCGCCGGGAAGAAGCUUCCCGUGCUCGUCCACUUCCACGGUGGUGGCUUCUGCCUGGGGUCGUGCACGUGGGCGAACGUUCACGAGUUCUGCCUCCGCCUCGCCGCGGACGCCGGCGCCGUCGUGCUCUCCGCGGGGUACCGCUUGGCCCCCGAGCACCGCCUCCCCGCCGCCUUCGACGACGGCGCCGGCUUCAUGCGCUGGCUCCGGGACCAGUCCGUGGCCGCCGCCGACGGCUGGCUCGCGGAGGCCGCCGCCGACUUCGGGCGCGUGUUCGUCACCGGCGACUCGGCGGGCGGCACGAUCGCGCACCACCUCGCCGUGCGCGCUGGCAGCGGGGAGCCGGAGCCGGAGCCAGGCCAUGUGACGGUCCGCGGCUACGUUCUGUUGAUGCCGUUCUUCGGCGGCGUCCGGCGCACGGCGUCGGAGGCCGAGUGCCCGGAGGAGGCGUUCCCGAACCUUGACCUGGUGGACCGGUUCUGGCGGCUGUCGCUGCCGGCCGGCGCCACCAGGGACCACCCGGCGGCGAACCCGUUCGGGCCGGACAGCCCCGACCUGGGCUCGGUGGACUUCCCGCCGGUCCUCGUGGUGGUCGGCGGCCUCGACCUGAUCCGCGACCGCACCGUCGACUACGCGGAGCGGCUGGCGGCCAUGGGCAAGCCCGUGGAGGUCGCCAAGUUCGCCGGCAAGCCCCACGGGUUCUAUCUGCACGAGCCGGGGUCCGAGGCCACCGGCGAGCUGAUCCAGACCGUCGCCCGGUUCGUCGACGGCUGCGGCGCCGUCGUCGCUGCGUCAGAGGCUGCCGCUUAAUUUACUCGGCAUAUAUGCAUGCAUAUGCAUGUAUCACGUUUCAAAAGUCGUCUCGUUGUUCACUCGUACCUUAUCUUUUUUGAUGAAAAUUCCUGUAGUGUGUAGAGUGCAACUUGCAUGUGACUAUGUGAGUGACGUGGUGUUCGUGUAUGCGAGGUUAAUCUCUCAUCUCCCACAAGUUCUCGAAUACCUUGGCCCCAAUACCUCAGUUUUCAAUACUCGUGGAGCUAUAUUUGACCAGUUUGUUAA